CUCCAAGUGUCGCGCACGCCGCCAUCUCGGGGCGCUCCGUAGUCGCAUGAUUUAUGGCGCACUGGUUUUGUAAUUCGCAAAUAACAAAGUGACUCAGACCUGCUUAGACUAUCGUGCGUAACGAAAGCCACAUCGUUAUGUGGUUUUGCGUCUGACAUUUUCUCCUAAAUCCUGGAGAAAGUUCGAACAAUGUAACCCGAGCCCGAACGACGAUCGGUUCGUGUGUUUCGCUUUGUUGCUGCGAUAUAAACGGCGGUUCUCGCGGAUUCGUAAAACGGUGCGGCAGUUUCAUCGUUGUAAUCGUCAUCUUCGCUAUACGACGAAGCGUUCGUUAAAGAUUAAUUCAUUUGGUGGUACCUGAAGCUUCUUCAAAGGAUCGUCGGAGACAACGGAAACCCGUUGCACAGCCUUAACUCGAUACAAUGUCUGGUGAACAAUUCUCCUUAGUAUGGAACAGCUUUCCAAGAAAUUUGUCUUCCGGCCUCUAUACUUUGUUGACAGAUGAGCAGCUUGUGGAUGUUACAUUGGCAGCAGAAGGUCAAAUCCUAAGAGCCCACAAGCUGAUACUGUCAGUCUGCAGCACAUAUUUUCGAGAACUUUUUAAGAUGAAUUCGUGCAAACAUCCUAUUGUUAUACUGAAAGAUAUCAGUUAUCGGGAUUUAUCAUCUAUGUUGCAUUUUAUGUAUCAAGGAGAGGUUAAUAUAAAACAGGAGGAUAUCUCCAGUUUUCUUAAAGUUGCGGAGACUCUUCAAAUAAAAGGACUGACAGCAGGAACAGAUGAAAAGUUCAGUGAUACUCUUGAGGGGAAGAAAGAUUGGAAAGACUUGGACUUUUAUCUGGACAAGGACGAAGAUAAUCCCGGCCAUACAGAUGGACACUCGUUCAGGCACACCGUGGAGAAGGAACAAUCGACGACAAGGCAGAACGUAUCGGCGGAAGGUUCAAAGGAAGGGAGACCCUUUACAGAAGGUGUCGGUGACGUCAGCCAUCGGCAAAUUCACACAGAGCCUGGCGACUACAAUCUCCUGCCGGACAUACAGGCGACGUAUAGCGAGAGGUGUGCAAGCGCGGACGCGUCGAGCGGUAACGUCGAGCCGUUGGACUGCACAUCGUCAGACGUGAGUCAGCUGCAGAGCACUAAACACGAACCACUGGAUUACACGUUGGACACGGAUAUAGACGCGGAAUACAACAGAACGUGCAUGGUGGAGAAAGUGCUAUAUAACUCCGAGGAGAACGCGCAGAGACAAGAUUUCGCGCCAGACACGCAGUUAGUUCCCUACAGUCAGAACUCACAAAUUCAACCGUUCGGUCCAAGCAACGUGACAGCGUUUCAGAGCGACUACACGUCGUACGAUGCGUCGGCGAGCCCCAGUAACAAAGGCCGACGUACCGUUAAGGGUAUUACCGGCAGCAGCUUGCCUCUGGAGACGACAUUGCGUGUCGUCUCAGAACUGGGGCCGACGCUCCGCUUUGAGCGCGGCAAGAUGAUACGCAUGUAUUCGUGUCCGUGGUGCCUACGUCACUUCACGCGGAAGGAGAACCUCAAACUCCAUGUCCGUUAUAUUCACGGUCCGCUUGAAAGUCUCACGUGUAAGCUUUGUGGCAAUAAAUAUAAGAACAGUAACAGUCUGCGUGUACACUCCUACCUCUAUCACAACGCCAAGCGGGAUAAGCACGGCAAGCCGCUCAUGGACGGUGGCGGCGGUGAUGGCGGUGGUGUCGGCGGUGGAGACGGCGGUGUCGUGUGAAGAACAAAGACCCCGGAAUCUCUUCUUCUCUUACGGACUUUCGCCGAAGACUUUUGCGCGGCCGUCGUGUUAACGGUGCGUCGAGAUACCGGUGCAAGUAUAUAUAGUGAAACGGCGAGUGGAAUUUGUUAUAUUUAUAUUUGCGUACAUAAAAAAGAUGCUACACUUGCACAAGUGUGUAUCUAAGCAUUAAAUAAUUACCGACCACUUCAAUACAUUUAUAGAAAUAAAGCGCCUUAUUGUGUA